AUGGGAGGGUUUGAGGGUCAUCUGUAUCCAGGGCUGUCUCUCUUCUUCUAUGGAAUUUAUCAUGCACGACUCGUCUCCAGGGCCUUGAUAUGCAACUCCCCUGUCCAGUAUCCGCCACGCCAUCCCUGGAGCAAAGGAAGAUGGGCAAGGCUUCAGCAAAUACACUAUGUUGGAUUGCUAAAGAUCUUGAGUGCCUGCAUUUUAGUAGCCCAAGAGUUGCACAGCAUUCCUGGACAGUUCGUACUUAUCAGCAAGAUGUAUCAUCAGAGAGAUUUUAUGUACCGCAAACAGUGGCAGCACCUCACUCUCUAUGUGGCCUUCUUCCUGACUGGGUGCAUAGACUUGGUGAGCCAGAACCUGCUGCCCCAGAGGUGUGCUGUUCUGGAACAAGGUGCCCAAGCCCUGGGUGUGUUUAUAUUUCUGCCUCUGAUGGUGUCUCACAUGCAGGACACAGAAGGAGUGGAGCUGCAGUCUCACAUCCUGCUCACCCAGGCCGUGUUCCUGCUGACGCUGGUGGUGACUGCAGAGCUAUGGGCUCCCAACAUGCCACUGAUCUGGAUGAUGAAGGCCUUUUUGUACAUGAUCACAGGCUCUUGGCUGAUGCAGAUAGGCUUUAUGUUGUACAAGCCAGUCUCGGGCUAUAAAUGGAUGGAUGAUGACACAAAUGACAUCGCAUUUACCACUAUCUUCUUCUGCUGGCAUGUGGCCUUCAGUGCCAUUUUGAUGAUCUGGAUCUAUGGCUUUUCUUUUUUGUGGUACUGUUACAUUUUUAUUCAUGGCUGA